AUGGUGCAGAAUCCCAAUGCGGUUGCCGAGACAAUUGCUCGGAAAAUAAGGCAGAUGGAAGCCGCAGUGAUGAAGCAGUCGGCUACAACCGAACAGAUGCCGGAUUUGGGCAGCCCAGCCGACGAAAGGCAAUUCGUAGAUGGUGCGGAAGAGGAAGCUGUCCAAGUAGCUAAAGAGCAGGUAAAUUUCAAAAAUAUGGUCCCCAAAUCCAAACAGAACAGCAUUAAAUUUCCAUAG